AUGGACUGCCGGGACGCAUCGCAUGACGAGCCUCUGCUGAGUGCCGUAAAAGCGUCUUCUGAAAGCCAUUUCAUGGUUGCCGGUACGGACGACUUUAGUGAGAUGGCAAGCCCACUUACGACAGCUGGAUGGAGCAGUUGGGGGAGUGCUGGGCCUGCUGGGCCUGCUGGCACACUUAGUAAUAAAUGCGGCUCUGCUGAAGCCUCAGGCAUACCAAUCUCACGGGUCGCUCACACCGCACGUGACCCAGCCAUAGAGCAUGCAGAUCGAUGGGACGAUAUCCUUUCCUGGCCGCCCACGUACGAUCCCGAUUGGAUAACGACAGGCAGUACCCCGGGACAAGCUAUCCAUGGCCCGUCAAGUCCUUGGUCUGAGGACAUGUGUCACAAUCUCGUCGACAACCUGGGCAGCACCGAACUCUCUUUCUCUAAUGGUUGGACGUACCAUACGCCGGCCGAUGCACUGGGAGAAAUGCAGAGCGCAGUCUUAGCGAGCGAGGCGGAAGCUACUGUCCACUGGCCAGUCCAAAAGACCCAUCCGCAUAUUGUGGCCGAUCAAGGACAACCGAAUCUACACAGCGAUUUCGUCGUCAAUGAGCAACUCGCGACUCUCAAUCCUGCUAUUCUCAUGCGUCCUUACCCAGCAAUUGACCGAGCGGCUCAUGUCAUCCCUCCCGUCUCACCCAACUUUCUGAAGCCGACUAUGGACACACAGGUGCCCGCCAUCUCCUGCCCCGACAAGGAGUCAAUCCCGUCCGGCCAGCAGCCCGGUCGCGUUCUCAAGUGCGCCUGGCCUGGUUCAUCCUGCACUUACAUAUCUGGGAGAGGCCGACCUUACGAGAUGAAGCGUCACAUGGACACUGUGCAUCUCAAAAUUCGCUCUAUCUGUCGCCGUUGCGGACGGUCGUUCUGCAGAGAGGAGAAGAUGCUGUCGCACCUCCGUAACGCUCAUGCUGGUAUACCUACACGUCAACUUGCUGGCGGUAUAGGCCACUGA